AUGACCGAGACGGCAGCCACCGAAGCGGCUCCUCCAGCCGCGCCCGUCGCCCAAACCAAGGCUCCCAAAAAGAAGAACGCGCCCGCCCGGAACAAGGCAGCGGGUCCCACGCUCGACCAGAUUGUGGCGGGUUGUUCCUAUAAGAGGGGAAUGUCCAGAGUCGCUAUUAAGAAAACUCUGGCCGCCAGAAGCGUCGAUGUGGCGAAGCGUGGCUCCCAGAUCAGGUUGUAUAUCAAGAGGAAAGUGAAACAUGGCUCCCUGCUUCAGACCAGGGGCGUGGGCUUCUCCGGCUCCUUCAAGGCGAGUAAGGAUAAAACUUCCGUGAAAUUGAAGAAAGGGAAGAAACCAGCCGCCAAAAAGCCAAAAAAACGCACCAAGAAAUAAGUGGCCAGGAAACCAGCGGCUAAAAAAGCGGCGGCUAAGAAACCAGCGACCAAGAAGACGGCGCCGAAGAAAGCCAAGAGACCCAAGAAGGUCGCAGCCCCAAAGGGGAAGGUGGUCAAGAAAUCGGCAAAAACCAAACAGAAAACAGCGAAACCCAGGAAGGCAGCGGGCAAAAAGAAGUGA